AUGACACACCCACCCCGGUUCGAUGUGCCCGGCGGCGAGACAGCCAAAGUAAGCAUCAUUGACUCUACAAUGCGCUUAUCUGGCCUGCCGGUGAGUUCGCUCCUGGAGCCACCGCUGGAAGGAUUCGAUAUAUUGCCUCCUAUUACAACAUGGUCGUUCCUGGUUGAGAGUUCGACGGGAAAGAAGGCGCUCUUCGAUCUGGUGUGUGUUGAAAUGCUAACCGAGUCUGGCUGUGACAUUUAUGUGCAAGCCAACGUCGCGGAUAUACUUGAAGAAAACGGGGUGCAACCUGCUGAAAUUAAUAGCAUAAUUUGGAGUCAUCACCAUUUCGACCACAUUGGAGAUGUCUCAACUUUUCCUGCUUCAACUGAACUUAUCGUUGGUCCGGGAUUCAAAGACGCGUUCUGUCCAGGAUAUCCAGCCAACCCGACCUCUCCGAUACGCGAAGUCGAUUUGCGAGGUCGCAGUCUAAGAGAAAUCAAUUUUGAAAGCGAUUUGGUUCUUGGGCCAUUCAAAGCAUUCGACUUUUUCGGAGAUGGUUCAUUCUACCUCCUCAACACUCCAGGCCAUGCUAUCGGCCACUUAUCAGGACUAGCCAGAACAACAACUGGCCCUGAUACUUUUAUUGUCAUGGGCGGGGACUUGUGUCAUCAUGGUGGAGAGCUACGUCCAUCUCAGUACUUUCCGCUCCCACCGAGUCUAUCUAAUCACCUUUCACUAUCUGACUCACUUCGAUCACGUUUAUCAAGCUGCCCUGGAAGUAAGGUGCUCAAUGAUCUCAAUGUGAAACGCGGACGUACGGCUAGCGAGCCGUUUUUCGACCCGGUCCUUGUGUUCAAUAAAGAGCAGGCUAUCAAGACCAUUCAUGAAGCACAACGGGCAGAGGCGCAAGAUAACAUUUUCUGCUUAUUUGCACACGACAUGUCUAUAUUGGGUGUUGUCGACAUGUUUCCUGAAACUGCUAAUAAUUGGAAAGCCAAAGGAUGGAAGGAGAAGACUUUCUGGAAGUUUCUGAAUGAGUUAGAAGUAGCCGUUACUGCAAAUGUAAAUGACUCGGUUGGACUUUAA